AUGACACCCAGUCUCUUCAUCGAAGAGAUACCCAGAUGGGCCCGGUUCACCGCGAUCUCAUCACUGCUGUGUAUCGCAGGGUCUUUAUGUGUCCCAGCGAUCGCGGCACUCAGCCGGAAUAAGUCAGGCGUUAACUCCAGGCUGCUCAACUAUGGUCUGUCAGUGAGCGCCGGCUCCAUGAUCACGACCAGUCUGUAUAAAAUGCUUCCUCGGGGCGAGGACGACAAAAGAGUAGUAUUUGUCGGAUUCUUCGCCGGCGUAGUAGUGAGCUUUCUACUCAACUUUGUGGUACACGCCUACACUAGCGAGAGCUUAGUCCAUUGUGGCCACGCAUCCGACAACGGCGAAGGUUCCGGAGCUGAAAACGUCCAAGACCACGCGCGGAGACACAGCGAACACGAGCACAACUCGGAGGCAGAACCACUCACUUCCUCGGCGCGUCCUGCACUUAGGAAUGCACGCUCCAUCAUUGAUCUUAUCUCCAAAAAGGAUCCCAACUCCGGGGACUGCUACGGCAGCAUGUCAUGCGCCCCUGCAGGGCAAUCGCCAUCGGGGCAGGCGGAAGUUACUUGCCAGGCUGACAACACUACAAAAGCUGUCGUGUGCCCAGAGAAUGGAAUUGGCUACGACCUCGAAAAUCUCGCUCUCUACCGCGAACACUUCAUGAAGGGCAACUCCCACAAACAUUCUCACUCAAGCGGUUCGGACUCAUCUAACUCAUCCCCAAACGCGAGUGUGCACAGUAGUGAACAUCACCACCACCACCUGGCAACCCCCUUCUCAAAGCUUUUAUCGAUCGGGAUUCAGACAUGUUUGGUGAUAACCCUACACAAGUUUCCCGAGGGUUUUAUUGUCUUCUUUACCAACAACAACGAUUCCGACUCCAAAUCGUUCGGAUUCUCAAUUUUCCUAAGCUUGGCGAUGCAUAACUUUAUAGAGGGAUUCGCCAUGACGCUGCCUCUUUAUGCGGCGUUUAGAACCAAGUGGUACGCUAUUCUGACAGCCUCGGUACUGGGAGGUGGCUCUCAGCCCCUGGGUGCUCUUAUUGGAUACUUUAUCUUUAAGAAUACAGGCGCAAAAGAGCUGCAUAUUAAUCUACUUCUGAGCAUUACAUCUGGGUUUUUGUUUGUUAUUGGGUUGAUGAUGUUUCAAACAGCUGUCGGUUUCAGUGACUCGCAUCACCACCACAAUGACCAAGAGCGGAGCCCGGACGAAACUCACUCUUUGGCAACAGUUUGCCUUAAGUGGUGCUGCUUCGGCGUCCUCUUGAUUUUGGGAAGUGGAUUAUUUGCUUGA